UUGGGAGGAGUGGUCAAAGUUCUCGGUCCAAAGUCAACAAACGGCCACGGUGUUUAAGAUGAAAGACUAUGUCAGCACCUGCUCUUACAACCAACUCUAUCAAAAUGUGAGACGCGUGUCAAAAGACGGGGAGUGCUACUUCAAGGAAUUUAUGACUGUUUUGCAGCAAAGGGCUGAGCUGGAGCACACGUAUGCUAAGGGGCUACAAAAAUUGGCUGGAAAACUAAUGAGGGCUUCCAAAAGCAUGAGCAACAACUCCAUAUACAGAGCCUGGUGCCACGUGUCGGAUGAGAUGUACUCACGCGCUGACGCCCACAGGUCCCUCGGAAAUGCAUUUCAGCAAGAGGCCAUCUUGGAAAUACGUCAGGUCUUAGACGAGCAAAGCAAGAGAAAGAGGCCUCUGGACAGCGCCAUCGAGAGAACGGAAAAACUUGUUAUUGCGAAUUGGAACGAGCAACUCAAGACAAAGAAGAAACUAUUUGGAUUAACAAGGGAGCACGAAGCUUUGUUUAACUAUGUGGAGAAAAAUAAAUCAAUAUGCACAGAGAAAGAAAAACAAAAGAUGCUGAACAGGUUGACAAAGUCAGCAGAGCUGCAGACACGAGUGGAUGAGGAGUAUUUUAACAUCAACAUGGAGGGCCAUCAGAUGAGACUUAAGUGGGAAAACACACUCAAAAACUGCUACCAGAUCAUACAGGAGCUGGAGAAACAGCGGAUCGAAGUUCUUUGCAACCUUUUGACCCGAUACAAACUACACAUGUCCAGUUUUGGGCAGACGCUCAAACAUGGCCAAAAUCAAAUUGAACUGCUGGCCCAGAGGGUGGACAUGGAUAAAGACAUUCAAACAUUGGUGAAGGAAACCAGCGUCACAACAUCAGAAAACAAAGCCGAAUUUUUGAUGACUGAUUAUUUUGAGGAAGACCAAAAAUCACUGAUGGGCAAAGAACGAAGAAGGGAAGCCAUUAAAGUGAAACUCUAUCGUUUGGAGGGAAAUAUAUCAAAAGCAAAGAAAGACUGUGAAGGGAUUGAAAAGCUGAUGAAAAGCUAUGUUGAAAACCCUUCGUUUUCAAACCAAGGGAACAUUGAGGAGACGGAGCAGCAGCUUGACGAGAACAGUUUAAAGCUGAAUCUACUGGAGGCAACUCACUAUAAACUCUCUUUAACGCUGUGUGAACUAGAAGGGAAACCCAGGUCCUUCCACCAAUGUAGUGACAGCAUUGUCAAGUGGAAAGAUAAGGACUGUGAGCACAGUGUGGUGCAGCUGACUCGGCCAGUCAAACUAAGGAAGACUCCCUUCAGAACAAAACACUCACUGAGAGCAUCCAUCAUAUACAAAGGACCUGUUCAAACCACAACAUGUCUGCCAACAGAGCCUUCGCCCAGUAGCCAGGUCUUCGGUACAGUCUCGCAAGUGCAUGAGGACAAAGAUCACAGUCCAAUCACACCAGACAUUUGUAGUGUUGGACAAUGCAAGGCUUUAUAUAGCUUCACACCAAACCACGACGAUGAAUUAACUCUGAAAGAAGGGGAUCUACUUGACAUAUACACGAAAGAAGAUCAUGGCUGGUGGUUUGGUGCACUUAAUGGCCAGACAGGUCAUUUUCCAUCCACCUAUGUUGAGGAGCUGCCUGCACUCAGCUGUGUCAAAUCAUCAGAAGCCUGACUGACAUCUGCAAGUUUCCAGUGCAACUAAGUUUCUAUCAAUUAGUACAUUUCCUACUAAAAUCACGCAUCUGUACAAAACUGUAUCCAACCCUUUUUUGCUGUGUUGAUGAAUAAUUAUGUAAUAUCAGCUAUUCAGUGUCUUAAUGAGUAUAUGUUUAUAAUAUGGUCCAUGAUAGCAUUUUGAAUGUAUAUUUAUUAGUAGCUUUAAUCUUUUUAUUCCUCUUGUUUGACAAUACACAAGGUGGAUUGCAGCAAUGCUUCAUCCUUUUUUUUUUUAAAUCCAUCUUCAGGAGAUAAACUGCUUCCUUACAUUGGCCAGGAAAGCUGGUAAGUUGUUAGUCUCCUGAAGGCGUCUUUCCAAAUCUGGCAGACACUCAAGCGCAGGGUCGCUCGACACAACUUUACAAUUGGGGGGGUUUUAGUAAACAUCCUGACAGACGGUGUUCCAACGACUACAUUUGGUUUGUUUGUUUAACUUGCAUGUUUGUUGUAAAUGAGAAAAACUUACACCACUGAAAAACUUCUAAAUCCACAUUAGAAGUGGGAAAAAUGGCUUUAUAUCGGGAUAAUUUUCUAACAAUAUCAAUGUUGUUUUACAUUCACAUCUUUUUUUAACAGUCACAUUUUGAGCCGAUUGUAACUCUUAAACAACUCUCCAGAUUGUCGCUGCACUGCCACCUCACUACAAAAAGUUGACGGUUAAAAAGUAGAGAACAUUUUAUGGACAUCUCAAUAGCAAGAAACUUGACCCACUUUGGUACAAUUGUAAUGAAUGGAAAUAGGACAAUCUGAAUUACAUUGAAAUGUUUGACUCAGUUAGUGCAAUAAAUUACAGUGGCUAGGGAAAGUACUCGGACCCUUUGAAAUUAUUCACUCUCUCAUUUACUCAUUUUGCAGCUAUAUGCUAAAAUAAAAAAAAUACAUUUUAUUUCUCCUCAUUAUUGAACACUCAGCACGCCAUCUUGACAGAAAAAACAGAAAUGCAGACCUUUUUUGCAAACGUAUUAAACAUAAAAAACCGAAAUCACAUGUACUGAACAUAUGUAUUCAGAGCCUUUGCUCAAUACUUUGGUGAUGCACUUUUGCAGCAAUUACAGCCUCAAGUCUUUUUGAAUACGUUGCAGCAACCUUGGCACACCUAUCUUUGGGCAGUUUCACCCAUUCCUCUUUGCAGCAUCUCUCAAGCUCCAUCAGGUUGGAUGUUAGUCUUUAUCCAGGAAGUCUCUGUACAUUGCUACAUUCAUCUUAGUCUAGUCAGAGAGGUGACCAAGAACCUGAUGGUCACUCCAUCAGAGCUACAACAUUCCUCUGUGGAGGGAGGAGAACCUUCCAGAAGGACAACAAUCUCUGCAGGAAAUCACGAAUCAGGUCUAUACAAUAUAGUGGCCCGACAGAAGCUAUUUCUCAGUAAAACAAAAGUUACACAAAAGGCACCUGAAAUCCUCUCAGACCUUGAGAAACAAAAUGAUCUGGUUUGAGGAGACAAAGAUGGAACAAACUAUUUGGCGUGAAUACCAUGCAUCAUGUGUAGAGGAAAUCAGCCACCACUCAUGACCAGCCCAAUACCAUCCCUACAGUGAAGCGUGGUGGUGGCAGCAUCAUGCUGGUUUUCAGCAGCAGGAACUGGGAGACUAGUCAGGAUAGGGGGAAAGAUAAAUGCAGCAAUAUACGGAGACAUUCUGAAUAAAAAACAACACUUCUCAUCCAAUCUGAUGGAGCUAGAGAGGUGCUGCAAAACUGCCCAAAGAUAGGUGUGGCAUCAUAUUCAAAAAGACUUGUGGAUGUAAUUGCUGCAAAAGUGCAUCAACAAAGUAUUGAGCAAAGUGUUUGAUUACGUAUUUACAUGUCAUUUUUGAGUUUUUAUUUUUCAUAAAUUUGCAAAAAUUUCUACAUUUCUGUUUUUUUUCUGUCAAAAUGGGAUGCUGAGUGUACAUUAAUGAGACAUAAAAUAAAGGUUUUGUAUUUUAGCCCUGGUUGCAAUGAAACAAGGAGGGAAACAUUUAAAGGGGUCUGAAUACUUUCCACACCCACUGUAUUUCAGUCAUUGUCCAAUAAACUAUUACUGUCACAUAGUGUACAUAUACACAACUUGUACUUUAAAUGUUUCACUGAACUAUGUAGAAUAACGAAAUGUAUCGCCAUAUCACAAUACUUUAUUGUAUCAUGACUAAAGUAUCGUAUUGUGAGGUCUUUACCAACAUGCCGCCCUAACUGCAGUAUAAAAGUGGAUCGAAAAGUAUAUUGCAUUAACGAGAUGGGAUUCUGGGAAGCCUGUAAAGUUUCAUAAUUUCAAUGUUGCAACUCCCUGUAUUUUUUUUUAUUAACGAGGGAUGUAACGUUAUGAAAAUGUCAUAUUGCGGCCAAAAUGAUCAGUUAUAAUUAUUAUAGCAGUACUGUUGAAUGUGCUCAAAACUUACCUAUACCUUACUAAUUAGU